AUGGGGGAAAUCAAGAAUGAAAAUUCUCAAGUGAAUAAGGGAGGAGGAGGAGGAGGAAUAAGUAAGAGUUCCAAGGGAGGAAGUAGUAAGGCUAGGAUUGGGACAGAUAAAACUUCCUCUAUGACUUUGGAAACAGGAGUUGUAACAACCACUGCAGAAGAAAGUGGCACAACGAAUACCAUUGUUUCUGAAAGCAAAGGCACAAGCCGAGGGGGUAGUAGGUCAACCACAAAGGGAUCCGGAAAUUGUAGAACUAAAGAAAAAUCUUCUGCAAAUAGAAAUGCUACAUGUGGAGGAAGUAGUGGGAUGGGGAGCAAUUGCAUCACCACGAAAUUUUCAAGCACUGCCAGCUUGGCGAAUACGUCGAAUCAAUCCGACGUGAUAAAUCAGUCUAGUCUGAUCAGUCAAUCCGACAUGACGAAUCAACCCAGUGUGAUCAGUCAGUCCAACGUGACGAAUCAACCCAGUGUGAUCAGUCAGUCCAACGUGACGAAUCAAUCCAGUCUGAUCAGUCAGUCCAACGUGAUAAAUCAGUCUAGUCUGAUCAGUCAGUCCAACGUGACGAAUCAAUCCAGUCUGAUCAGUCAGUCCAACGUGAUAAAUCAGUCUAGUCUGAUCAGUCAAUCCGACGUGAUAAAUCAGUCUAGUCUGACGAAUCAAUCCAACCCGACGAAUCAGCGAGGUCAGACCCACGCAGCGAAAGCCGUGAGCACAGCGAACUCGGCCACUUCCACCUCGACCAUCACAAACACAACGGGUAAUACCAUGACCAGCAAAAAUUCCAAGGGGGGAAACAGCAAAUCGAGAAGUACAGGGAAGGCACUAAGUUCUCUUUCCAAGAUUAACGAUUCUUAUGCACUAAUAUUUCCAAACGCAUUACCAGUGAAACAAGUUAUGUGGGGGCUGGACCCUUUAAACAAGGUAUGGAGAUACUGCUCAAUCGUUUAUGCAAGGCCAAAAAAUAAGAAUUUGAAUGACUUAAAUUUUAUUUUUCCAUUAAGCAUAAAUAAAAAUGAAAUUAUAAAUAAGAUAUCUAAUGAGUUAAGUGCAAGUAAUGCAUCUAUGAAAGAAUGUGACUAUGAUUAUUAUGUGCAUUGGGAAAAAUUUGAUAGACGAUUAGACUGUUGGCUAGCUUAUGAAAAAUUACGAUCAUUAGACCAGGAUCCAGAUGACGGGCUUCCGUUCAUAAGAGAUACGGAGAAUGGAGAAUCAGAUAAUGAUGAGCAUGCAGGGAUUGAUAAAGAAUAUUUAAGAGAACAUGAAGAAAAUACAAAAUUAAAAACAAUAAAUCAAAUAAAAUUUGGAAAAUAUUUAAUUGACACAUGGUAUUUUUCACCUUACCCAAAGGAAUACCAAAAUAUCGAUAUUUUAUACAUUUGUGAAUUUUGUUUAACAUUUUUUAAGGAAAAUGGAGAAUUAAUUCGACAUACAGAAAGGUGCGAAAUUAGACAUCCACCAGGAAAUGAAAUUUAUCGAAAUGAAAAAAUAUCAAUUUUUGAAAUUGAUGGAAAUUAUUUUCGAAUUUAUUGUGAAAAUUUAUGUUUUCUCUCCAAACUAUUUCUUGAUCAUAAAACUUUAAAACAUAGAGUUAAUUUAUUCUUAUUUUAUGUUAUAACAGAAUAUGAUCAAUAUGGAUAUCAUAUAACAGGUUAUUUUUCAAAAGAAAAAUAUUCCAAAAAUAAUGUCUCAUGUAUUCUUACACUUCCACAACAUCAGAAAAAGGGUUAUGGAAAAUUCUUGAUAAAUUUUAGUUACUUUUUAUCCCAAACAGAGAAACGCACAGGAACUCCUGAAAGACCUUUGUCUGAUUUAGGAGUGGCAUCCUACAUGGCUUACUGGUAUGAGACUUUGCUGAAAGUUUUAGUAAAUUAUGAACAGUUAUCCAUUCAGGAGCUUUCCGAAAUCACAAGCAUCGAGACCAAUGAUAUCAUCUCGUGUUUGGAGGAGAAAGAAAUUUUUAAAACCGUGGCAAAUGGAGAUACUGUUUAUUACAUCAAUCCGCAACAGCUGGAAUUCGUUCUGGGAAAAAUUGGACAAAAAAAUUAUGACUUGUGCAGGACCAAACUGCACUGGGUGUCCUACGACUACCAUUUGGCCAUGUACGAGUAG